CACUGACUGGACAGGUUUAAUGUGGGCCUUUCGUCGUGAAGUGAACCAGGCGAUGCAGACAUCCUCGUGCGAAACGAGAGGACGAUCAGCCAAACUCAUAUAGUCGCCACUUCAAACGCGGAACUCCAUUCGUUUAAAGGUGAAUCAUGACAGAAUAUAAGCUGGUUGUGGUGGGAGCUGGUGGCGUUGGCAAGAGCGCACUUACCAUUCAGCUCAUCCAGAAUCACUUUGUGGAUGAAUAUGACCCCACCAUUGAGGACUCGUACAGAAAGCAAGUAGUGAUUGACGGAGAGACGUGUCUGCUGGACAUCCUGGACACUGCAGGUCAGGAGGAGUACAGUGCUAUGAGAGAUCAAUACAUGAGGACAGGGGAGGGUUUCCUCUGCGUCUUUGCUAUCAACAACACCAAGUCCUUUGAGGACAUUCACCACUAUAGAGAACAGAUAAAGCGAGUGAAAGACUCUGAAGAUGUCCCCAUGGUGCUGGUGGGCAACAAGUGUGACCUCCCGUCCCGGACUGUGGACACCAAGCAGGCUCAGGAUUUAGCACGGAGCUAUGGCAUUCCCUUCAUUGAGACCUCAGCCAAAACCAGACAGAGAGUGGAAGAUGCCUUUUACACUCUGGUACGAGAGAUCAGGCAGUACCGCGUCAAUAAGCUCAGCAAGGAAGAAAAGACCCCACGCUGUGUCAAGCUUAAAAAGUGUGUUGUGAUGUGAAUGGGGGAGUCGACGAUGCCUUUUACACGUUAGUACGAGAAAUCCGCAAGCAUAAGGAGAAGAUGAGCAAGGAGGGCAAAAAGAGGAAAAAGAAGUCCAAGACAAAGUGCACACUCAUGUGAAUAAUCAUUCAUUUCCCAGACAGACUACAAAAAGAAAACUAUGGUGAACAGAAACAGUAAUACAUUUUGUACAUCACACUAAAUUAUUAGCCUCUUUCACAAUACCCACUGUAACCAAUACUAAAGCUGACCCACUUAUUCUGCCUUCCUAUUCUUUGCUACUUGGACACCAAUAAGCUUUUGUUUCCUGUUAAGUGCCAGUUGCUCACAUGGAUUGGUUUGAUUUUACUAGGUGAUGUUGGUUUACUUUUCUGUUGCACUCAAUUUCUUCCCCCAGCUGUUGUUAAACGGAAUCACUGCACAUGCCUGUCAACCUUUUCCAUGAUUACAUAGUCCUUUGGCGAAAGGUUAUGGCAUGCCAAAGAACAACUAUUUAUCCCUCAAAUGUGCUAAUGUCACUGAUACAGUAUGAAAUAAUUUACUAGUCUUCAAAUGUUCUAACAACUUUAGUUUUGUUUUUGUCUUGUGCAGUUACUGCUCUUCGCCUACCUAUAUUUUUUUUUUUUUUUGCAUGUGUGCAGAUUGUCUCAGAGGAGAUGCAUUUAGCAAACUGUCUGGUUGAUGCGGUGGGCAGCAAUAAAUGCACACCCAAGUCAAUAUGCAUCUACUUGAUCAAGUCUUCAUUAAUCUUGGCAUUCUUUGUACAUGACCAAUUAUACAAUAUUUGCUUUGUUUGCUUCAUUUCACUCGUCCACAAAGGUAACAUCUUAUUUCAAAUGUGCUGUUUUUGUUUAUACUGUACUUCCAACAUCUGUUUGUAGGCUGUUUUUCUUCCCUUAACCUGUUAAUCUUUUGUAACAAGCAGUCCAAAAGGCAGAGGUUACUAAUGUGUAGGGCCACAUUUAUAAACAUGGACCCUCAUUGACUUUAGGUAAAAUUAGUUCUGCGGUCUCCAGUGUACCCCCUUUCCAGAUCGAAAUAAGCAACAUUAAGUUACCAGACAGCAUUCUGGUUGCAACGGGGAGCAUGAUGUACCUUUCUUAGCUGCUAUUUGUUUAAGGAGUCUCCAAAUGAAUUUGUUUUCUUUCUUUUUAAGGGUUCAAUCCCCUGAAGUGUUAGAAUGAUCUCAGACCGCCAGACAGAAAUCAUCCAGUAGACUUAAUUGUUUACUUUCUGUGACAAAAUUGUUGUCUUGAUGUAAUUGAUGCUUGUAAAUGAGGCACAAAUUGCCAUAAAAGUUCCCUGCCCAUGUCCUGGGGAAUGUUUAAAAUUAAAAAAAAAAAGUCCAAGCUUC